AUGCUGUUCUGGUGUUCCUGCUCUGUGCUGGGGAUCCUUGCGGGCGGUGUUCGGUUGCCGUCGGUGUUUGCCACCGAGUGGUAUCUUACUAAGGGUGUGUUCUGUAGCUGCCCAACCCUGGCUCCUCGCCGUUCUAACCUGAAGCACCUGGCCCAGGAUAUCAGCGCCCUUUCUUUGGGACUUUUCCAACCGAAGCUGUGCUGUGCUUCUCUCUCGUGCCUCUGCUCCGCGACACGAAGCCCGUCCCGUCCGUCCGGUCCCGUCCCGCCGCUCCCGCCGCUCCCCUCAGGCCUCACAAGAUGUCCGCCGGCCCCCUGCGGCCGCUACCUGCCCGCGAGCGCCGCCCCGCGCCCCACCCACCUGGCCGCGCAGCCCCGGCCUGAGCGCAGCCCCGGCCUGAGCGCAGCCGGCUCUGGAGCCGGGCGGAGCGGAGCGGGUCGCACACCUGCCGCCCGGAGCUGCGGGGGAGCGGCGCGCCUUGCGAGCAGUGAGCAGGGAAGUGACUUUGGAGAAGCUUCCUGUUGGAAUGCCUCACAUCAGUGCAGCUGCAGCCCUGCAGAUCUGUGCGCUGCUGUCCGCGUUUCCAGCUCAGUAUUUCAUAUCCCAGUGGUACGGAACGGACUCUGCUCAGCGCAUCCUGUUAACAGAAAGGGUCAUUACCUCUUGGAGCAGCUUUACAAAAUCUUGCUUGAGCCUGGAUGCAUGGGCAGAUUGUUUGAAGCUGUGGCUAUCAAAGACAAGGAUCUAAGAGAGACUCCUCACUAUCGAAUUCUAAUUAACAAAGCAAAUGGAUUUGGCAAGUCCACAGCUUACAUUCCUGAGGAGGAGAUAACGAUUAUUAUGGGAUUAGAGGUGCAUCACCCUGAUAUUAAAACCUAUUUCAGUGGAUAUGAUGGGACAAAAUACAUCAUGCAGCCAUGGUUGAAAAAAAUCUAUCCUCAUGACUGAAGUCCUCAACAAACCUCCUUUUUAAACCCCAGCAAAUGGACAGCAGGCUGAAACUCAUGUAUAUUUUUUACCUCUGAUGAAAUAAACCAU